AUAUUCUUAUACAUCAAUAUUCGACUUCAACUUUCGUGUAACACAGAAAAGCAUAAUCUAACAUCUACCAUUCUCAAUUUCUACCUCAUAAAUUUCUGCUUGUCGUGCAAUUUUUUCUUCACACCUCUAUUUCUUCAUUCAUCUUCAGCUACCAUAUUUUCCCCCUUUCUCAAAAUUCACGAACCCUAAUUUACGACAUACUAAAAUCAGGGACAAGUUCUUCUCAAUUUCUUCGUUUUAAUCAUGGCUACCUCUGACAUUUUCCAGAAAGACAAAGAUUUGCUUCUUUAUACCUCCAUUUUCGGAGAUGAUGAAGGAGAUACAGUAAAAUCUCGGGGCGCUUUGAUUGAGAAGAAGAUCGAAAUGCUCGAGGGCUUAGCUUCCAAUGUUGGCAAUCGACGGUCACGAAGAUUAUUGAAUGACCGACUUCUAAUGGAGCUUGUCCCUCGUCUCAAUGCUGAAGAAAUUAGGGGAUUAUUUGCUCCACCACCCUGGGGUGAGGAGGUUCCAUUAUCAUCAUUUUGCAUGGCAAAUGUGGGGGAUUGGGACAAAGUUAGGAACACAGACAUGGAUAAAGAGGCUAACUUGUUGAAGGCCAUAAGACCAAUUUCUCAGAAGCGUAACAGCCCCAUCGACGCUGAUAAAAUGGCAGUCAUGAAUGCAUGGCAUAGAAUUGAUUGUCGAACUAGGGAAGCUUUUCGACGUAGCUACCUACCAGAACUCGUUGAGGGCUAUGAGAAUCGCAUACGCUCAUUUAUUGGGAAUGACAAUGGUUCAGAAGAUCUGUUGUUUCAAGUCCAAGAUCCGUUCCACAGGUUGUUGCUUCAUGGUGUGUGUGAGUUCUAUGAUUUGAUAUCAGUUACAGAGACACAAAGUAGAGGCUCAAAAGCGGUGAAGACCACAAAGAUAAAGAAGAAAAAAUCAGGUUCAUUGGAGAUACCUAGCCUUACACUGUCCCAUUUCCUGAAAAUGUCCAAAGAAGGGAUUUGGUGACCCUGUGGGAGGCAAAAUUUGUUGUAAGUUGCAGAACUGGUUGCAAUUUCUGGAUAUGUGAACUCUGUUGCUUAGUCGGAAACUCUCUUAUAUUUCUGACUGUCAAUUUAUUUCAAGGAUGUUAGGGAAUGGCUGUAUGUGUAAAUAAGUGUCAAUUUAUUUUCAGUCAUUAAUAAUUUACUUUUAAAAAAUAACAUCUUUAGUGGUUAAGAGUUUUAAGACUUGUAAACAUCAAGCCACACGAUCAAAAUUUGUACAAAGCGUGUUCUAAUUUUUUAUUGUUCAUGAUUGACAAGAAAUAAAACUCCUAAAGGGGAAGUUUCUGUGUUA